UGAAAUGUCAUUCAUUAAUUCCAUCUCAAUAAUGGCCGAAUCUGAUAUCUAAAUACGGAACGUUCGUAAAUCUUAUAGUUAAUCGGCUGCAAUUUUUUUUGAGCAAGUGAUUUCGUUGCAUGUGUUAAGAAGGGAUUAAUGCGGAAUGUUUCCGCUAACCCCGCCCGUUGUGAAAAGAUUAUUGGGAUGGAAAAAGGGUCCUGAAGGAUCGUCAGCCGCAGAGGAUAAAUGGUCCGAGAAGGCUGUUAAAAGUCUGGUUAAGAAGUUGAAGAAGAGUGGGGCUAUUGAGGAGUUGGAGAAGGCUCUGUCCAAUCAAAGCAGCCACACGAAAUGCGUCACUAUACCAAGGGUGAAACCCAAUGAUAAUAUAUUAAACGGACAGUACAGGAAGGGGCUGCCGCAUGUAGUUUACUGCAGGCUGUGGCGCUGGCCGCAGCUACAGAGUCAGCAUGAAUUAAAGCCAGUUGAUCACUGUGAAUUCGCAUACCAGUUGAAGAAGGACGAAGUGUGCAUUAACCCUUAUCAUUACAAUAAAGUUGAUUCACCCGCGUUGCCCCCAAUCUUGGUGCCCCGCUGUCCGGAGAGCGAGAGCCGCGCUCCGCCCCCGUACGACUACCACCAGCCGCACCACGAGCACACCGAUAACAGCGUGAUGCAGAGCGGCGUGGUGAGCGCCCACAGCGCGCUCUACCUCGAGGCGACGCUCGCGCAACAGGUGCCCGGCAACACCACUGUGCACCUGAGCUCCUCCACCGUGGAGACGCCGCCGCCGGGCUACAUGAGCGAGGACGGCGAUCCGAUGGAUCACAACGACAAUAUGAACCUGACCCGCCUCAGCCCGAGCUCGCUGGGCGCGGAGACGGCGCCCGUGCUGUACCACGAGCCGGCGUUCUGGUGCAGCAUCAGCUACUACGAGCUGAACACGCGCGUCGGGGAGACGUUCCACGCGUCGCAGCCCUCCAUCACCGUCGACGGCUUCACCGACCCCAGCAACAGCGAGCGCUUCUGCCUCGGGCUGCUGUCGAACGUGAACCGCAACGAGGUGGUGGAGCAGACGCGCCGGCACAUCGGCAAGGGCGUCCGCCUCUACUAUAUCGGCGGCGAAGUGUUCGCUGAGUGCCUGAGCGACUCUUCGAUAUUCGUCCAGAGUCCGAACUGCAAUCAGCGCUACGGCUGGCAUCCGGCCACCGUCUGUAAAAUACCACCAGGCUGCAACCUGAAGAUAUUCAACAACCAGGAGUUCGCGGCGCUGCUGAGCCAGUCGGUGUCGCAGGGCUUCGAGGCGGUGUUCCAGCUGACGCGCAUGUGCACCAUACGCAUGAGUUUCGUCAAGGGCUGGGGCGCGGAGUACAGGCGGCAGACGGUGACGUCGACGCCGUGCUGGAUCGAGCUGCACCUGAACGGGCCGCUGCAGUGGCUCGACCGCGUGCUCACGCAGAUGGGCUCCCCGCCGCUGCCCUGCUCCUCCAUGUCCUGAGGUCGCGGCGACGCAUCGGCGCACGCGCACCCGGAUGUUUGGAUGGUGUAGAUCACAGCAGCUCAAAGCAAUUUGAUUACCUCGUGAAUGAGUCUUACAAUUAUUUGAUAUGAUACGUCGCGUAUUUGCGUCGUGUUUCGAUGUGAAUUUAAUAAUUAUCGUAGGCUAAGCUAACUCGAGCGUUACUGGAUUUUGAGUGUGUUAAUUGAUUUUUUGUUUAAUGCCAAUUUUUUCUAAGUAUUUUGUUAGUAAUGAUUUUUCAUGUCGUAUUAUAUUAUUAAUUUUUUGUUAGUAAUGAAUUUUUAUGUUGAUAUUUUUUUGAAAGGCGCAGAUUUUUUUUUUUAAAUAUCAGCACUUAUAAUAUAAUACAUGUGAGUCAUGAUUUUUUCUGGGUUCCAUAUGCAAAGGCUGUAUCGGGAGCCCUAUUAAUAAGACUCGCUAUCCGUAUGUCUGUCUAUAUGUCGUCGGGCUAGUUGGACAGUUGAAAUUUUCUCAGAUGCUUGUAUUACUGUUGCGGCUAUAACGACAAAUAAUUAAAAAAAAAAAA